UCCUUCUCAAGCAACACUUUUAAAGUCCUAAACUAUCCUCUUCAUUCCCAAUUCGCCACAAAAAAUCCACACUAAAGAAGCAAAGUAAAACACUCCAAAAUCUCCCCCCUUUCUCUCUCCUAAAAACCUUUGUUCCAUCAAUGGCUGCCGUAGAACCACCACCACCACCAACUCCAACACCAGAACCCAACAUGAACCUUCGUGAAGACCAAAAACAACCACCCAACACACUCUACACUCGCAUACGUCUCGCUACUAAAUCUGAUGUCCCUUUCAUCCACAAACUCAUCCAUCAAAUGGCUGUCUUUGAGAAACUCACUCAUCUUUUUGAAGCUACUGAAUCUUCUCUCUCCUCUACUCUCUUUAACUCUCCUCCUUUCCAAUCUUUCACUGUUUUCCUUCUCGAAGCUUCUUCUACUCCUCUAUCUCUUCACCACCCUCCUACCAUCUCUUUCUUCCAACCUAUUCAUAAAACCUUCCAUCUUUCUCAACCCAUGGAUGAUCCUGAAUUUGCCCGCUUUUGUACUUCUGAAGGUUCUACCAUUGCAGGGUUUGUGCUGUUCUUCCCGAACUACUCGUCGUUUUUGGCGAAACCUGGGUUUUAUGUGGAGGAUGUGUUUGUGAGAGAGUGUUAUCGGAGGAAGGGUUUGGGGGGACUGUUGAUGAAGGCAGUUGCAAAUCAAGCGGUGAAGUUAGGCUAUGGGAGAGUUGAAUGGUGUGUGCUUGAUUGGAAUAUGAAUGCCAUUAGGUUUUAUGAGAAGAUUGGAGCGGAUGUUAUGCAAGAAUGGCGGAUUUGUCGACUUACUGGUGAUUCUCUGCUAACUUAUGGUCAGCCUAAUUACUGAAUCUCAUGCUAAUCUAAUCGAAUAUGUUUCUCGUAUUUUGUGAUUCCAAGCUUUCUUUGUUCUCAAUUCAGUGUUCUUGUGUGGUUUUUCAGCCGAGGUCUUACUGAUUGAAGGUGAAGCAGUUGUAGUUAUGUUGAAUUUUCCGAAUUUUACUGAGAUAUCUUGCAAGUCUUAUUUCUGUUUUAUCUGAGUAUCUUGAGUUCUAUA